AUGUCUGGAUAUAAUGAUGCCAACGCCAGGGCUCCUUUCCAUCCCUUAGACCCGUUUAACUGGACUCUGAAUACCUCACUAGAGAAUAUUCCAAGGUACCUUUUCCGCGUUUCUGAUCCCAAUUCGUCCGGAAUGACAACUCAAACUGAGGCGGUUUCCCCGGCUGCCCUGAAGUCGUCAAAACAAGAAACCGACCUCUACCAAAUGGAGCGCAAGAAAGCUGCCGACCUUCUCAAUGAUCACCUGCAGUGGCAAUGCGCCGACCAAAAGCAAGAGUACCCAUGCAACCUCCUAUCCUGGACCAGUUCCCCCUUGGCUGCCUUUCAAUACUGUUUGUUCCGUCACAAGGCAUUGGGCCAACAACAAAAGUUGUCAGAUAUCAAAAUCCUAAUGGUAGAUACUGCCCAGUUCGACCGCGGAUCCCAUGUGUUUGCACGAGAUUUACAAGUCUUGGAAUAUUUCCAUAGAUUUCACAAAAGCUCAGACGGGUAUAGUCUCGAGUCGCUCUACAAUAUAAGGGCCAAAGGUACUUUCUACCUUGGUGAGUACCUAUCCCAAGGAAGACUUGCCUUGGACCCAGAAAAGUCCUGUCAAGUUUCUAUGGAAGAGCUCAUUGCUCGUGGCCUUUUUAAUGUCCAUCCAGGGCUGGGAGAUGAAGCGUUUUGGAACGGAUGGCCUACACGGGUGAACAUGCUACGAAACAAGAUGGGAUCCAACUUACCUCAGAUAACGAUCGGGCAAGUUCAAGCAGCUAUUGACGUGGGGAAAGGUUUCAAGAAGUUUGAGCUAGAAGCAGCCUUCAUGAUCUUGGGUAUCAGCCCGUAUGAUUUGCGCGGUAGCUCCUCAACUAUUCUGCAGGUGCUUCAGCAAAACUACUCUAUGCAAAAGAUUCAAAGCAACGCAUUCUCAGCCAAUCUCAUGUUUGAUAUGGACUCUGGGAGAUUGCUCGAGGUACAGAGAUGGCAGGAAUUGCAUGAUUACAUUAGGGGGAAGCCUGCAAUUAAUAUCAGCGAAAUGCAGCAAAGAGCGGAACAAGCCGACGUAGAAGAAGGAGUGGGUGAUCUCGCGGCUCGUUUUACCAACUUGUGGGCUCGCACCGAGGCUUCAGCCUGA